UUGGUCAAUAAACACAAGACUUACUGAAGACUGUAAUAGCAUGCUAGGAUUUAGCUUAUUGCAGUGAAAAAAUUUUCCUUCUGUGUCAUUUGGAAUGCAUAGUUUCCACUUAGUAAGUGACAAAUGGGACAAAAAUCUCAUUGAAGAUGUUUUCUUAGGAAAUAAAUGACACACACAGACCUAUCAUGUUUAAACACUUCCCUCAGGCAUUCAGACUUGGUGAGCUCCAUUAUCUCUUUCACAGGCAAAUGGGGGGAAAUCAGACCUCUGUCACAGAGUUCAUCCUACUGGGAUUUCCCCUCAGCCCAGGGAUUCAGAUGCUUCUCUUUGGGCUCUUCUCCCUCUUCUUUGUCUUCACCCUGCUGGGGAACAGCAUCAUCCUGGAGCUCAUCUGGCUGGACUCCCGACUGCACACCCCCAUGUACUUCUUCCUCUCCCACCUGGCCGUCGUCGACAUAGCCUAUGCCUGCAACACCGUGCCCCAGAUGCUGGUGAACCUCCUGAAGCCAGACAAGCCCAUCUCCUUUGCUGGCUGCUUGACACAGACCUUUCUUUUCUUGACUUUUGCUCAUACUGAAUGUCUUGUUCUGGUGGUGAUGUCCUAUGAUCGGUUUGUGGCCAUCUGCCACCCCCUCCGAUAUUCUGCCAUCAUGAGCUGGAGGGUCUGCAUCACCCUGGCAUUGACUUCCUGGAUUUUAGGAGUCUUCCUGGCCCUAGUACAUCUAGUGUUACUCAUACCAUUGCCCUUCUGUGGACCCCAGAAAGUUAACCACUUUUUCUGUGAAAUUAUAGCUGUCCUCAAGCUUGCCUGUGUAGAUACACACAUCAAUGAGAUUGUGGUAUUGGCUGGAGCAAUUUCUGUGCUAGUGGGACCCCUCUCCUCAAUUGUAAUCUCAUAUAUGUGCAUCCUCUGUGCCAUCCUUAGAAUCCAGUCUGGGGAAGGUCAAAGAAAAGCCUUCUCCACCUGUUCAUCCCAUCUCUGUGUGGUUGGACUCUUUUAUGGCACAGCCAUUAUAAUGUAUGUUGGGCCCAGAUAUGGGAACCCCAAGGAGCAGAAGAAAUAUCUCCUCCUGUUUCACAGCCUUUUCAAUCCCAUGCUCAACCCCCUGAUCUAUAGUCUGAGGAAUAAAGAAGUCAAAGCUGCUCUGAAGAGGAUGCUUGAAAAAGAGAGAAUGUCAUGA